CGAAAAGUACAAAUGAUUUCUUAUAAUACUGCAUGUAAUACUAUAUCUACUAAUGUAGAGAAGAUUAAAAUACAAAUGAAGAAUGAAACUGAAGCCUUUACUUCUGCUAAAGAUUUUAAAAGAAAAAGAGAGGACAAUGAAUCAAAUAAAGAAUUAGCAUCAUUAUUUGAUAAAUCUAAUAAAGAUAUCCUUUUGAAAAAUAUUGAUGAAAAAGUAUUAGAAAAAGAAAAGAAAUUACCACUU